AUGCCGGAGGCAGUUGCGAAUCACGAACGUCGGAACAAACUCUUCCCUCUCGCCGUCUUGCGCAUUCGCUGUUUUCUGAGUGGUUUCGGCUGCGAGUUCCAAUGCAGACAAGCAUCAUUGCGCCAUGGCUUCGUGCAAGCCCUAUGGGCCACUGUGAAGCAGCAGCGGCAGACAAAAGUUGGCAGCAUUAGGGCCGAAGGAUUUCUGCUGUUCUUCCGCCAGUGCAUUACUCUUCUUCAUCGCGUGAGAUCGAAGGCUUAUUCAUCUUCCCAAGUCUUGCAAAUUAUUAUUUUAUUAUGUACUGGUACAAACAAAGGUGGUGGUUACCUUGCCUCUCCUGGAGUAUUUUUGGGAAUGUACGUGUUCUUUACAAUGAUAUGGGCGAUACUCAACACUUUUGCAUUACAAGUGAUUGCCUUUAUUGAUAUGAUAUCAAUAAUUUGGCAGCUGAUUGGGGGCUCAGUCCUCAUUGUAUUGCUUCCUUUAGUGGCUUUAUCUACUCAGCCUGCUUCCUUCGUCUUUGGCCAUUUUGAAUUAGCCUCAGAAUCAACAGGAAUAAGCAGCAAGCCAUACGCAAUUAUUCUAUCAGUUCUUUUCAGUCAUUUUUCUUUGCUUGGAUACGAUACUGCAGCACAUAUAACAGAGGAAACAAAGGGAGCUGACAAAAAUGGCCCAAUCUCUAUUCUCGCAAGUAUCUUUAUUGUCUCACUAUAUGGCUGGAUGUAUGUGCUAGUUCUCACUUUCAGCAUUCAGAACUUUGAGUACCUUUACGAUGUGAACAAUGAAACUGGAGGAGCAUAUGUGCCUGCACAGAUAUUAUAUGAUGCUUUUCAUGGCAGAUACCAUAACUCUAUUGGUGCUAUAAUUUUUCUAGUUAUUAUUUGGGGUUCAUUCUUCUUUGGUGGUCUAUCUAGCACUACAAGUGCAGCUAGGGUGGUAUAUGCAUUAUCUAGGGACGAUGGCUUUCCCUUCUCAUCAAUUUGGCGUAAAAUUCAUCCAAAACAUAAAGUUCCAGCCAACGCAGUCUGGUUAUGCGCAACUAUCUGCAUAAUUAUGGGGCUUCCUAUCAUCAAAGUUAACGUUGUAUUCACAGCUAUUAUAUCUAUAUGCACAAUUGGUUGGGUGGGUAGCUAUGGAGUUCCUAUAUUCGCAAGAUUGGUCAUGGCUGAAAAGAACUUCAAAGCUGGUCCUUUCUAUCUGGGCAAAGCAAGCAAGCCUGUGUGCUUUGUGGCCUUCUUAUGGAUUUGCUACACUUGUUCAGUUUUCCUGCUUCCCAAUUUGUAUCCCAUAGAGUGGAAAAACUUCAACUAUGCUCCAGUGGCUUUGGGUGUCUGCCUCACUGUUAUAAUGCUGUGGUGGAUAUUGGAUGCAAGGAAAUGGUUCAAAGGGCCGGUUAGAAAUAUUGGUUCUGAUCAAAAUGGAAAAGUUUAAUCUUAAUAUAGAUAUGAAGGAAAUAAUGAUCUUCCAUUUUUGUUUUUUAUUUUUUGUAUAACUUUCUUACCAUGACUGAUUGGAGUUGCAAAUUGGCAUUCCAGAGGAUUUUAUGUUAGAGAUUGAAUGAGGAAAAGUGAGUGAAAUAGUUUUUGUCAAUCUGCAAUGUAAAUGCAUGUGUGAUGUGUUUAUCUCUCUUAGUUAGGGCAUCUUCAACCGAAAAACUCAUUCUUCAUUC